AUGGGGAAGACCUCCUUCAAGGACCUCCUCGCGAAGGGAGGCAGUAACCCGCUUGUCAACCUGCAGAGUCUCAAAGACCAGCGCCGGAAGCGCCGCGCCAUAGCUGCUGCCGCGCCGCCUGGGGCGCGAGCGGUUGCCGCGCCGGCCGACGCGCCCGCCGGCUUCCUCGCGUGCGCCUCCUUUGCGGGCGCGCGGCCCGGCUACACCUUCAAGGCGGGUCCGGCGGGCGAGGACCCGUCCAACCGCGGGAGAGAGGUGGCGGCGACGAACAAGGAGCAGCAGCUGCGCGAGGAGAUGGACGAGUUCAACAAGCUGGUGCGCGCCGACAUCGAGACGGCGAAGGCCAACGACGCCGAGGAGAUCGAGGAGGAGGCAGACCUGAGCCAGCUGCAGGCGCUGCAGGAGCAGGUGCAGCUGAGCAAGCGGGUGGACGGGCUGCACGACAUGCGCCAAAAGGCGCUCGUCGUCGCCGCGCGCGUGGCGCAGGAGGUGGCCGCCACCAAGGCGGAGCGCGCGGCCGCAGCCGCCGACGACGGCGAUCCGGGGUUCGCUUAG